UGUAACUCACUCCCCGUCCACACUGGCAAGGCAUUUGCAGCGCGGUAUCUCUGUGGUUGCGAGAGGAAUAGCGAGUGCAGCGCUGCAGCGCCAGUGUGUCUGCCCAAUGCGCUGUGAAUGGCCUCCAGAAUUAUUUGGCAGUAUCCCACAAUGCCUGUUCUAGCCACACUGGUCAUCAGUUCAAACUCUACUGCCCUGGCCUCAGGUAACCAACCAUGUGACCCACCCUUUACAUUCCCCAGAAAUUUUAAAAAUCCCCUUCCUGUUUGCUCAGCCCGGCCUGACGUGGAGUGCUACCAGCGAAUCUUUCCAGGUGACCAUGCCUCCACGCGCCAAGUGAGCCCCAGCAUGGAGCAAUGGCGAGUUGCUGGAGCUCAUCAGUGUUUGGGGGGAGGAAGCUGUCCAGCCCCAGCUGCACUCCAGCCGUAGGAAUUACAAUACCUUCGGGAAGGUAACAAAGGACAUGAUGGAAAGGGUCCAUGACCGGGACACCCUGCAGUGCAGGAUUAAAGUGAAGGAGCUGCGGAGUGCCUACUGCAAAGCCCGCGAUACAAAUGGCCGCUCGGGUGCUCCCCCCACGACCUGCCGAUUCUACAAAGAGCUGGAUGCGAUACUUGGGGUUAACCCCACCUCCACUCCAAGCACCACCAUGGACACUUCAGAGCCGGGGUGGGGGGGGAGGAGGAGGAGGAAAACGGGAGUGAUGGUGGUGGGCUGGAUGGAGACACCCCGGAAUCCUUGGAGCCAUGCAGCCAGGAGCUCUUCUCAAGCCAGGAGGAAGGUAGCCAGUCGCAGCGGUCGGUACUUGGUGGAGGACAAACAGAAGAGCAGCAGCAUCAACCUUGAGACCUCAGCCGUCCCUCUUAUCGCCUGCUCAGAGACUGCAAAGACUCAGGAAGAGACCACGAAAAAGCAAAGAAGACAUGCUGCAAGAAGUGAUGCAUCAAUCUAUUAAAGAGAAUGAGAAAGCACAGAACUGGAGGGAGAGAGAAAGCAGGAUCCGCCAGAAAAACGCAGCGCACCAGCGGCAAAGCACCGCGCACCGGCAGCAAAGCACUGAUUGGCUCAUAACCAUACUGGAGCGCCAAGCAGACGCUAUCCAGGAGCUCAUAGCCAUGCAGAAAGAGGAGCAGUACCGCAAACGCCCCCCCCCCACAGCUCUUGUCCCAAAAUUCUUUCCAUUGUGCCCCACUGUCACCUCCAACCCCACUUUCCCCAACUUCCGUGUUUUUCACACCACCUACCGCCUCCAACACCAGUAUCUUCACCACCCAGCCCUGAAAACCACGACCUUUACCCUCUGUACUCAACCCCCAUCACCAUGCAGUAUAGCUGUCCUGAAGUGCAGCACUCACUGCACAGCAUACCAGACAGGAUAUACACGAAUCUAUGAUUGUACCGUUCCCCACUCCACCCCCUUGUUUCUUUUCAAUAAAUGGAUUUUUUGGCUUUGAAAACAUUCUUUAUUAUUGCAUAAAGUAAAAGACUCCUUA